ACCUCUCCUUCCCUUCCAUCCAUCAUCAGAGCACAAGUACGUGCAAAUCUGCGAGCUCUGCGAUCUUGCCUUUAUUCCUUUCGCUCAUCCCCACUGCGCUCGUGCGCAUCACCUUCUCUGUCUCCCUCCCCCGUCGCCGUCGCCGCCGUCACCGUCCGGAAAUGGGGUCGAGCGGGGCGGGGUCGCCGUGCGGGGCGUGCAAGUUCCUGAGGCGGAAGUGCGCGGCGGACUGCGUGUUCGCGCCCUACUUCAGGACGGAGCAAGGGCCGGCGCGGUUCGCGGCGAUCCACAAGGUGUUCGGGGCGAGCAACGUGGCGAAGCUGCUGCUCCACGUCCCCGUCGCGGAGCGCUGCGAGGCGGUGUUCACCAUCGCCUACGAGGCCCAGGCCCGCCUCCGCGACCCCGUCUACGGCUGCGUCUCCCACAUCUUCGCCCUUCAGCAGCAGGUCGUAUAUCUACAAGCACAGCUGAUGCAAGUGAAGGCCCAACUGGCUCAGAAUCUGAUGACGAACUCCAUAAACAACAGCGUCGCAAUGCCAAACCCUCAUCAACAAUUGGGAGGUGAUGGUAGUAAUAAUAACAUGAGUGGAGUCCAAGCUUUCGCGGCCAAUCACAUGAUGAUGAUGAGCAACAAUUCAGCCUCUCCCACGAGCUCGCUCGAGUCCAUCGAUCACAGCAACAACAGCAACAACAGCAACAGCGCAAUGAUGAUGGUUCAUCGCGAGAUGGAGAGUAAUAGAGAUGACUGUUACAAUUAUCAAGAGCUUUCUUUCAUGCUGCCACCUUCAUCGUGCACCACCAAGAAGAGACCCCCCAACUGCGACUUGAGCGAGCUUCAAGCUCUUGCCCAUACAAUGAUGAGGAACGGAUCGUGAUGGCAAUGGUCUUCAAUCUUGGUCUGGUCCUUCAUGCCUUGAUCAUGAUGGUCAUGGUGAUGAUGUUUGGCCGAAAAUGGUGUAAAUAUUAGAGAGACCCAUCUAGGGGGAAAUUGAAAAGAUGAACACAAAAGGAGUCUAGCCUAAUUUGAUACAGGCCGGCGGGUGUAGGGGAAGUUUCUUGUCCAUCAGAGUUUCUAUCCAGUCAAUCUCUCUCUUUCUCUCUCUCUCGCGUAUGCGUUUGUGGACCUCAAAAUGGGUUGAUUUAUAUUCAUUUAAAUUCACCUAGAGAGAAAGGAGGCUUUGUGCAGAUCCAUCAUUUAUGUAACUGCAUAAAUGCAGUAAAGGUUCAUCAACUAUCUUAUUUGUUUUUAGAAUCAAGGAAGCACAGACAUUCAGUUACCUAAAAAUCUAUA